UGAUAUCGUAAGAGUGAGCGGUGAAUCCUUGCGAUAGCGGGUCUCGACUGAUAUCCAGUUUGGUGUAAGUCAUCCGGUCCGACCAUCUCUUUAGUAGCUCCUGGGCUUUGCCAAAAAAUCCCGCGCUGAUGUCUGUGAAGGUAUAUGCAAAUUGGGAACCGGUGUCUUUCACUCGUUCCUGUACGGCAUCAAGGACUGAAAGUGUUGCAGAAGCGGUUCCCGCACCAAGUUCCAGUAUCUUGACGUCGGGAUUAUACUCCAGUAAUCUUUCCAUGUAGCUGGCCAGGGCGGCAUUUGAACGAAUACCUGCUAGAUUUUCGUGAUAAGUUCGCCAUAGAAGCCCAUCCUCUAGCAUGAUCUCAAGACCCUGUUUUUCUCCACGCAGGAUCUCCGGCAUCUGUUUUCCGACCGAACAAACUAGCUCUCCUGUUGCAUUAGAUGAUGCAACGCGAUCUAUGAGAAAGCCUAUAUCUGUUUCAGAUACCGGUGGAUUGUUGGCCAAUGUAGUCUCAGCCCAAUUCAUGAAGUGCUGCAGAGGAAACGCCGCAUCAGAAAGGUCAUAUUUCUGCUCCAUGGCACGAGUAAGAAAGUACAUGCCAACGCGAUCGAGCUCUUUACGGUGCUUGAUCUCGGCCUCAGCGUCCCAUUCUUCCGGAAUAUCUUGCCUGAU